AUGCCGGACAGCGGAAAUAUAAAGAUGGAGUUUGCCGCACAGAUCCGUGGCGAAGAAUGUGCGGACACUAUCCGAAAGGCACUAUCCGACGCCGGUACAGUGACCAUCGAUGUUGGCAAAGGGAGUGUGUUGAUAGAAACCACACUUCCGUGGCUGGAAGUACACAAACGCAUCGAAGCAACAGGCAGACGAGCGGCACUAACCGGUUUCGGAGGACAAUCGGCAGUAGCAAUGGUUGAACAUGGCAAUGAGUCAAGCAAUGUGCGUGGUGUUGUACGAUUCUGCACCGUUUCGAAUGUGACCGGUCGGAAAGGGGCAGUUGUGGACGGAACGAUCGAUGGACUGACGCCCAACGGUAGCUACCGGCUGAAUGUGCACGAAUGUGGAGACAUUUCGCAAGGUUGCAGCUCGGUAGGCGAUGUGUACGAUUCCAGCGAGAUUCGGACGGACGAAAGUGGUCGAGCUACGAUACGAUUGGUCAACGAGCGGCUCGACGUGAAUGAUCUUAUCGGACGAUCAGUGGUGAUCGCACAGCCGGGUAAUGAUAGUGGACGGCUUAGCUGUGGCAUAAUUGCACGGUCAGCUGGUAUAUUCGAGAAUUACAAAAAAAUCUGCGCUUGUGACGGUGUAACGAUAUGGGACGAGCGAAAUAAAUCCGCUAUGUAA